AUGCCAUUUGGUGAAGUGGUGUGUGGAGCGCCAGGAAGCGGUAAAUCGACCUACUGCCAUGGAAAGUACCAGUUAUUUACUGCUUUGAAUCGCCCAAUAUCCAUUGUCAACCUUGACCCAGCUAACGACAACAUACCUUAUCCAUGUGCCAUCAAUAUAACUUCUUUAAUCACCCUCCAGGAUGUCAUGGACGAGCACGGCCUUGGCCCCAACGGAGGCAUCCUAUUCUGUAUGGAGUACCUAUACGCCAACUUCGAUUGGCUCGAGGCACGGCUGCAAGAACUGGGAUCCGAUGGAUAUAUACUAUUCGACGUACCCGGUCAGGUCGAGCUCAGCACACAUCACGAGGCGCUGAGAUACAUAGUGCAACGAUUGACGAAGAUCGGGUUUAGGUUAGCUGCCGUUCAUCUCUGUGAUGCGCACUAUGUGACCGACGCCGCGAAAUAUAUUUCCGUACUUCUCCUGUCCCUCCGGACUAUGCUACACUUGGAACUGCCGCAUGUCAAUGUUUUGUCAAAGGUUGAUUUGAUAGCUCAAUACGGAGACCUGGAUUUCAAUCUCAAUUUUUACACGGAGGUUCAGGAUCUUUCUUAUUUGGAGAACGCACUCAACACUUCAUCGCCGCGGUACACUGCUCUCACCAAGGAACUGUGCUCUGUAAUCGAGGACUACGGACUUGUAGAAUUCGAAACGCUAGCCGUAGAGGAUAAAGCUUCAAUGCUUCACUUAACACGCGCUAUCGAUAGAGCUACAGGAUACGUAUUCGUACCACCACACGACGCCCCAGCACCAGAAGGGACACUUGAAGCUUCGUCCGUCCCUACAUCGAUGAGGCCCAACACCUUUUCAUUGUUCUCAUCUGCUGCAGGUCCAAUGGCAGGUAGCGUGGGGGAUGUACAAGAACGUUGGAUAGAUGCCCGUGAACAAUGGGAUGCAUUUGAGCGUAAAGAGUGGAGACAGGAAGGUGAGAUGAUCAGGGAAGCGAGGGAAAGGGAGAAAGCAAUCCAAGGUGAACAGAGGGGGAAGAGUGGGAUCAGGGAGCGGAAAUAA